UUCUAAUAAACCUCGCCCCGGCAGUCAGAAUCAUGUUCCCGGCCAUAAUCUGCGGCAAGCGUGCUGUGGACAGGAGUGUGGUCAGCCUGAUGAGCGACCGACUCAACGCUGUCUCGAUGAGCAAGGUGCAGAGGCUGCUGCAGCAGGGCCACGUUGAGUGGUACGUGGAGCGUCGGGACCGGUACCAGACUCUCCUGUACGAUGCCCACACGUCGGCGGCUGGAUCGUCUUCAUCUCAGCAAGGCAUCCUGUCGUUUGCCAGAGCAGCCGGCACUUACACCCCUCCCAUCGCCCCGCCUCCCCUUCCGUCUGCUCGGGUCCUGAGGUGUGCACACCUGAUUCUGGAGAUGGAGAAGAUGCCCGUGUACAGGGACCAAAUCCUCAGUACGACUGGGGAAAUCUUGUGCAUCGACGGCACGAGGAAGAUUCUCAAGAAGAUCUACGGCGACGGCCAGGGCACCAUGCAGUACGUCACCAGCGUGCUGAAUGAGUGGGGUCAGUUCUUGACCACAGUGGUGGUGGUGUUCGAGUCCGAGGGCUGCUACGCACGCAUGGCCAGAGGUCUGGUCACCCGCUUUCGCCGUGCCAACGCUCCUGCUCCAAAGGUGGUGUACGCGGACAACAACUGCUGUCGGUGAGUUCAAUAACAGUUGAUAGAACCUAUGAUGAAAUGGAUAAUCCAACAUGUAACACACCUACACAAAAUGUCAUGAUAUCAUUUUCAGUGACAGCGGUUCGUCGUUUUUGGAGAAUCUGUUUGGUGACUGGGUGACAUUAAACAUUAAAUAAUACUUUACUAAUACUGGUUACUGCUUAACAUCAUUACUCAGGUCUAAAAGGUAACUGAGUUUAUCUUAC